AGGGUUCGUGGGGAAUCGUGGCUUUGUUGGCACCUAACGCUGUGUCCGUCGGCCCCACACGCCGCAGCCGCCGCCACCCCCUUUCCCCACGCUUCCAUCGCUGUCCGCCCCUGUCUCCGAUUCCAUAGCACUAUUUCAAGGGUUUUACUUUCUUCUCUAGUUGUUCAUCUGGCCUCGAUGGCUCAGCAAUCAGGCCCAGCUCCGGCGGGUGACGGGUCGGGUCAGCCGGCGGUAGGUCAUGGGCCGGGCCCGUUUGGCGACACGACGUACACCAAAGUAUUCGUGGGUGGGCUGGCGUGGGAGACGCAGAGCGAAUCGCUGAGGCGCUACUUUGAGCAGUUCGGUGACAUAUUAGAAGGCGUCGUAAUCGCUGAUAAGCACACCGGACGCUCCAAAGGAUAUGGCUUCGUGACAUUCCGUGAUCCGGAAGCUGCUCGUAGGGCUUGUGCCAACCCAAAUCCAGUCAUUGAUGGUAGAAGGGCAAAUUGCAAUCUAGCUUCACUUGGAAGCCCUCAAACCUUUCCUCAUGGUGGUUCUCAUAGAUCAACAAUGCCCUAUAUGGGGCCCCAAGCUUUGAGAGGUGUGUAUGUGGGAAGCCCAAUUUACCAGCUACCAGUUACGUACGGCUUUCAACCUGGAAUGCCAUAUCCUCCUUACAGGUACCCUGCUUAUGCCCCUGAAUAUGCAUACCGUCAGGUGUAUGGAUUAGUAGGCACAAAUUCAAUGCCAUAUGGCCACCUGAGCCCCCAACCUGGCAGCCCUGGGUAUACAAUGAUGCAAGGCUAUUUCAUGCCCGGUCCUCAUAUGGCUCAGUAUCAUCACAGACCUAAUGUUGGUGGAGCAGUCACAGACAACACUCCCAUAAUGCAAAGACCAUAUCAUUCAGGUAUUGCAAUGCCUUCUAUGGGUCAAUCGCAGGUCGCAGUUCGCUCACAUUCGCUGCAGUUCCCACACGGUAGCAGCUCUGAUCAAACAUCCUGAUUAACAUUGGAAAAAGAUUAUUUCGUAUAUGGGUCUUCCUCAACACUAAUCUCGAGCUGCAAAAAUUAUUGAUGGUACUUCCCGGCUUUCGAAUUUGACCUUUGGAGGUCAAUUAAAAUGCAAGCAAAGGUUUUCCUAAGUCAAUGGCCACCAAAUGAUAAGUAAUGAACACUGUAAAAUACCGCCCCCCUUUGCUGGUACAUGGCAGGACGCGCCCUUUGAUACCUGUAUAAUUGACAUACAUUCAUCUUCUGCCGGUGCUUCAAAAAGUCACCGGCAGUGUAUUUCUGGUUGCCGGAAUGUGGUUUCCGGUAGCCGUGUGUGAGGGAAUCAACCUAUGAUUCUUGAACCGUCUUGGUUUUGGACCGGUUCAUUUGCAUGUCUAGUGUGAGUUCAUCAUCCAUAUGUAUUCAAACCAUGUGCUCUCAUGCUAGGGUCAGUGUCAUUUUUUUCUUUUAACUGUAUAAAUUUGGUGCCUUAAAUAUUUGGAUGUUCACAUCAGGGAAAUGCACAUAAACUUAUUCAUCUCAAAGUUCAUUUCUAGCCUUUUGAUAGGCGAACCACUUCCACCAAAACUAAAUUGUCAAGCAUGGAUAAAGGAUGACUUUGGAU